AUGGCGGAGGAGAGUCGCUGCGGCGGAAACACUGUCGCGAUCUGCGUCCGUACACUCUCCGGAGAAUCAACGAUUGUUCAGGUUCCCUCGGAAGGAACGAUUCACGACCUCAAGGUUGCCCUAAAAUCCUCUUUCCCUCCCGCUUCUUCCUCUCCCAAUUUCAAUCUGUUCUUCCAGGGUUCGAAAUUGAGUUUGAACAGUAGAGUGGAUACUACUGCCGUUAAUGCCGGUGAAUUCUUGGUUUUGGUUCCUUUCAUUAAGAAGGAACGUUCACAAACUCCCAAACCUGAUUUAUCAGAGCCUCCAUUGAGUUCAAGCUUCUCUGAUGCCACGUAUUCCACAAUGAUUCGAGAAGCUUCAGCCUCCAUUGGAGUGAAAAGAAAACGUGAUGAAGAAGAGACGUGUCCAGUUGAAUUCUUGAAAGGUGUUUUGGAGUCUGAUUGUAAAGAUGAGUUCGAGGGAGAGAAUACAGAGAAGCUUGCUGAGGUUUUGAAGGCUAGGAAUUGCUUGUCGUCUCCUGGUUUUGCAAAGUGUUUGAUGUCUAGGGAAGCAAGUAGCUAUUCGUGUUCUUGUCCAGAUUGGUUGAAGUUGUCGAUGGAGACAUUCACGUUUUUGAACCUCUUUUCUUCUCUUGUUGAGUCAUUUGGAGAAAAAAUGUACUUUACACGGUUGGAGGAGUCGCUUGCUCGGUUAGGAAAGUCUGGAGUUCGUGUCGGUGUGGAGGACGUUAAGAAUCUUUCAAUUUUAUGCCCCAAGGUAGUAAAGGUUGUUACUGAUGAAUUUGAGGCUGCUAACUAUGAGAAUGCUAUAGUUAUAGCUGAUUUUCUUGAAACAGAUGGAGGUGAAAAGUUUGAAAAACCAGGUUUGAAGAAAACUCCACUUUCAAAGGUUUUUAGUUCUAUGAAAAAGCGGGAGACUUCUUUUAAGGCUGCAUUGUGGGAGUCCAUCAAGGCGCUACUGAUGAAAAAUCAAUGUAAGAGGGGAGUAGCUGUUUCCUUGGAGGAUAUGCUUAUCUUCGCCAGGGAAAGUAAACAUGUCGGUGUAAACGGAGAUAGACAGACUGGAAAAGAUAAUUUUUCUUCCCCUGGCUUUCGUUCAUCCCGGAAGUCGUGUCAUGGCACAAAUCCAUUGCUACCACUGGAGAUGGUUGAACAUCUCAGGAAUGGUUUUGGGUCUAAAGGACAGAUAGUUCAUGUUGAAGAUAUUAAUGCUCGAAAACCUGUCUACGUCGAAAUACCAGAUGAGCUCUCAGAAAUCACAAAGUCUGCCUUGAAACGGAUUGGAAUCAAUGCAUUAUACAGCCAUCAGGCUGAAUCGAUUUCAGCAGCCUUGUCUGGGAAGAAUGUUGUGAUUGCAACCAUGACUUCCAGUGGCAAAUCUCUUUGCUAUAACGUACCAGUCUUUGAGAAAUUGACCAUUGAUACAGAUGCUUGUGCCUUGUACUUAUUUCCAACCAAGGCCUUAGCUCAGGAUCAGUGUAGAGCGUUGUCCGAUUUGAUAAAAGGAUACGAAGAUAGCAUAAAUAUGGGGGUGUACGAUGGUGAUACUCCUUAUAAGGAUAGAACAUGGCUGCGGAAUAACGGUAGACUGCUGAUCACAAAUCCUGAUAUGUUACAUAUGUCAAUCUUGCCUCUCCAUGGGCAAUUCCGACGGAUUUUGUCAAACCUUAGGUACGUUGUAAUCGAUGAAGCCCAUACUUACAAGGGAGCGUUUGGCUGCCAUACAGCUCUUAUAUUGAGAAGACUACGCCGCCUCUGCUCUCAUGUAUAUGGCGUCAGUCCCUCAUUCAUAUUUUGUACUGCAACAUCUGCUAAUCCUCGAGAACAUUGCAUGGAGCUUGCAAACCUAUCUGAGCUCGAGCUGAUAGAAAAAGAUGGAAGUCCUUCCUCAAAAAAGCUAUUUGUCCUGUGGAGUCCUACAAUCCGCCCAACAACUGUAUGGUCCAGAAAUCUGGAUAUAUAUGAAUCAACUCUGAGACUUUAUUUACUCCUUAUUUUUAUUAUUUCAUUUCAUUGCAGCCCACUUUCUGAAAUUUCACAACUUUUCGCAGAGAUGGUUCAGCAUGGCCUACGCUGCAUUGCUUUUUGUCGAUCUCGCAAACUUUGUGAACUUGUUUUGUGUUUUACGCGUGAUAUUCUCGCUAAGACUGCUCCUCAUCUUGUUGAAGCCAUAUCUUCAUAUCGUGGAGGUUACAUUGCUGAGGAUCGGAGGAAAAUAGAGAGUGAAUUAUUCGGUGGAAAGCUUUGUGGUAUUGCUGCAACAAACGCACUUGAGUUGGGUAUUGAUGUCGGUCACAUAGACGUAACUUUGCAUUUAGGUUUUCCCGGCAGUAUUGCCAGUCUUUGGCAGCAAGCGGGUCGGUCUGGAAGACGAGAAAGGCCCUCUCUUGCCGUAUAUGUUGCCUUUGACGGUCCUCUUGACCAAUACUUCAUGAAAUUCCCGAACAAACUCUUCCGUAGUUCAAUUGAGUGUUGCCAUCUUGAUUCUCAAAAUGAACAGGUCCUUGCGCAGCAUUUAGCUUGUGCUGCAGUUGAGCACCCAUUGAGUUUGCAGUACGAUGAAAAACACUUUGGUUCUUCCCUAAGCAACACUCUUGAAUUGCUCAAGAACAGAGGAUUCUUAAGUUUUGAUCCGUCCCGUGAUUCUUCUGCUAGAAUAUGGAACUAUAUUGGUCGAGAGAAAAAGCCUUCGCAGAGAGUCUCUAUCCGGGCCAUAGAGACAGAAAGAUACAAAGUAGUGGAAAAAAGAAGUGACAAUGUCCUUGAAGAAAUAGAGGAAAGCAAAGCCUUUUUCCAGGUCUAUGAAGGAGCUAUUUAUAUGAACCAAGGAAGGACUUAUCUGGUCGAGGCUUUGGAUACAAAAGAAAAGAUAGCUUUUUGUAAAUUAGUAAACGUGGAUUACUACACCCGGCCUCGGGAUUGCACAAAUAUCCAUGUAACUGGUGGUGAAACUGCUUACGCAUUCAAGGCUCCAAAGAAUCAACUUGAUAAGACAACAGCACAAGCUCAACCCUGUAGUGUGAAAACAGACUGGUUUGGAUUUUGCCGUAUCCGGAAAAAGACCAAUACAGCAUAUGAAGAUGUUGAUCUCUCACUCCCAAGUUACUCUUACCAAUCACAGGCUGUUUGGAUUGAAGUUCCUGGGUCAGUAAAAAAAGCAGUGGGGAAUGAUAAAUUUCGUUCUGGUUUACACGCUGCUUGUCACGCUCUUCUCCAUGUGGUUCCACUAUUUGUGCGUUGCAACUACUCAGACUUAGCUCCGGAAUGUCCAAAUCCGAAUGAAAAUAGCUAUUUUCCAUCAAGAAUCUUACUAUAUGAUCGUCAUCCUGGGGGAACCGGCAUAUCCGCUCAGAUCCGUCCCUUCUUCACAGAGCUUCUAAAAGCUUCGCUUGAUCUGUUAAAGGCUUGCUGCUGCUCAGCUGAAAGUGGUUGCCCCAGUUGCGUUCAAAACUUUGCUUGCCACAAUGAUCUCGUACAUAAGGAUGCAGCCAUCAUGAUCAUAGAGGGUGUUUUGGAAUCGGAAAAAUCGUAUUUUCAAGAUGAAACUUGA